GUGCCAGGUGCCAAACUGGCAAAUUUCAUCUUCUGUCUCGUCUCCCUCUCCUCUUUCCAGUACAACAUGGGGGAUUGGAUGCAAAGGUAUACACUGUGGUGGCUGCUUGAGCUCGAGACGUCGCCGCCCAUCUGUCUCUCGAGCGGUUGGUUGGCUUACACGACUAAUGCAUGCAUUAGCUCCAAAAAAGAGAGCAACUACACUUGCAGCGGAAAUUCUACCUGUCGAUUUGUUAGCCCGUCCCCCCAAAGUGGACUCUAAACGCCUCCUUUUAGUAUGGCAAACGCUCGUGCUGUGCAGGCAUCGCAUCCCAGACUCUCUCUUGUCACGUAAGUUUUUCUUUUUCUUUGCAAUGGUCACCUCGUCUGCCCCUGUCCCGGCCCGCCCGCCGGCGCACACAAACGCCAAUUCGCUUUGCACUUUGCGAUCCAAAGGGCAGCAUGCCUCCGCCGUGGGCCUGGAGGCGAGAUUGUCUCAGCUUGCGAAACACACCUAACGAUGCCAGAAACAUCCAUGCCUGUGGCACGCAAGACCUACACUCCCCUUGCUCCCCUCGUGUGUGUGUCUGUCUUAAUUUUGCAAAUUGCCUUUAAGAACAUCGUCCGCGCCGUCGCCUUCUUCCUUCUUUAUAUGAAGGGGUCUUUGGAAUUUCUCUUGUCGGCCAUCUUUGCUUCGUCUCUCAUUUACAAUAGCCCACCCACGCAAUCGACAAACACCGACUUUUUCUGUUAUCUCUCGAAUUUCCCCCUAAUUCAACCUCAUAAUUAAUCACCACCGGAUUCGCAUUAUCGCCCAAGACAUACAGGGGCCCUAGCAUACACUUACCGCCAACCCACGCCUCUUAUCCAUCAGCCUCUCGCCCACCGGGUGUCUCGCCCGCAUCUUUCGCAGCCUCCUUGCCCACCAACUUGGUAACUGCCGCUAAUAUGUCGUCGUCUACCAUGCUCGUCAUGCCCCAGCCCCGUGCGGCUCACAAGCUGCGCGAUCGUGGCUCCGAGAAAGAGUACGCUGCUCCUGAGCAUGCCCGCCAUCGCCGCAAUCCCUCCAACAGUCACUACCAAGAGUCGCCAUACCCUUCUCCCCCCGAACAAUAUAACCAUCUUUACACCGAAUCACCGCCUCAUCAACAUCACCGUAAACACUCGUCGGAUCAUCGCCGGCAGCGAUCUCUUGCCUCGCCCGCAAACAUGCCUUCGGGUAUUGAGAGGCUCCCCGAAGAUGUUCAAGGCAUGGUGUACUCGCGCAUGGACUACCAAUCUCUCAUCCACCUCUCCACCAUGAACCGUCACUUCCACGGCACUAUUGAUCCUCAGCGCAUGGCUGAUGCAGCUGACAAGGCUCAAUUUGUGAUGCGCGCAGCCAAAGACUUCCCCCAGCACCGUCCCAGCGAGAAGGGCCAUGACUACAAGCCCGGGAACUUUGAGUGCUACAUCUGCUUCAAGGUGCGCUCUGCAGACCACUUUGACAUGCUGCAGCCACAGCAUGCUUGGAUUGAUGCUUACGGCCACGUUGUGUCUGAGCGCGAUCCUAUCCCCGGUGUCGAUAGCAAGAUUUCCCUCCGCCGCUUCUGCAUCGAAUGCGGCGUCAAGGAAGGUCUCCAUGCCCCCUUUGACUGCCUCACUACAAGAACAGGCCGCGACCUUUGGGUCUGCCGCUGCCGCCGCAUAUGGUCCAAGCCUGGUUGCUUGCGAUGCCCAGAUUGCCGCGGCGACUGCCCACUACGUCCCAAGAAGAAGUUUGGCAUGUAAGGCAGCUUGUAUGUAUACACCACACGACACUCUCACACAUUCUCUCACUUCUCCCGUUACUAUAUUAUAAUGUCUUUUAUCUCCCUCAUAUCAGACUUAUCUUUCUUACUAUUAUUAUUACUAAGGAGAAACAAACCGGACCUGCUGGCGUUACUUUGGUUUUUGGGGGCGGACUUGCUUUUAUUUUCUUUACUUUUACCUACGGAGUUAUACAAACGGUGUUAAUCAGGAGCAGGAGGGUACAGGAACUUGAUACCACAGCAUCAAAAAGAACUACAGGAUUUUGACGUUGAGAAGAUUAUACACACCCGCCAAGUAGUUGAAAACUCUUUACUUAAUUUCUAUUCAAAAAGCAUUAUCAAUAUCUUGC